GGGGUGGGGGGCUGACAAUCUUAGGUACUUCUGGAAAUUCCCAGGGCUAGGCCCUAGCAUGUCUGAUGUUGGGGGAGUAGAUCCUGGGGGACCCCCUUCAACCCCCUCUCCAUUUCCCCAGGGACCAUGGGCUGUAGCUGCAGCUCAAACCCUGAAGAUGACUGGAUGGAAAACAUCGAUGUGUGUGAGAACUGCCAUUACCCCAUAGUCCCACUGGAUGGCAAGGCCAUGCUGCCUAUGCGGAAUGGCUCUGAGGUCCGAGAUCCACUGGUAACCUACGAGGGCUCCAACCCCCCAGCCUCCCCUCUGCAAGACAACCUGGUUAUCGCCCUGCACAGCUAUGAGCCCUCCCACGAUGGAGACCUGGGCUUCGAGAAGGGCGAACAGCUCCGUAUCCUGGAGCAGAGCGGCGAAUGGUGGAAGGCACAGUCCCUGACCACGGGCCAGGAAGGUUUCAUCCCCUUCAACUUCGUGGCCAAAGCGAACAGCCUGGAGCCCGAACCCUGGUUCUUCAAGAACCUGAGCCGCAAGGACGCGGAACGGCAGCUCCUGGCGCCCGGGAACACGCACGGCUCCUUCCUGAUCCGGGAGAGCGAGAGCACGGCGGGAUCGUUUUCGCUGUCCGUCCGGGACUUCGACCAGAACCAGGGAGAGGUGGUGAAACAUUACAAGAUCCGUAACCUGGACAAAGGCGGCUUCUACAUCUCCCCCCGCAUCACUUUUCCCGGCCUGCAUGAGCUGGUCCGCCAUUACACCAAUGCUUCGGAUGGGCUGUGCACGCGGUUGAGCCGCCCCUGCCAGACCCAGAAGCCCCAGAAGCCGUGGUGGGAAGACGAGUGGGAGGUUCCCAGGGAGACGCUGAAGCUGGUGGAGCGGCUGGGGGCUGGCCAGUUCGGGGAGGUGUGGAUGGGGUACUACAACGGGCACACGAAGGUAGCAGUGAAGAGCCUGAAGCAGGGCAGCAUGUCCCCCGACGCCUUCCUGGCCGAGGCCAACCUCAUGAAGCAGCUGCAACACCAGCGGCUGGUCCGGCUCUACGCGGUGGUCACCCAGGAACCCAUCUACAUCAUCACGGAAUACAUGGAGAACGGGAGCCUGGUGGAUUUUCUCAAGACCUCCACAGGCAUCAAGCUGACCAUCAACAAACUCUUGGACAUGGCAGCCCAAAUUGCAGAGGGCAUGGCAUUCAUUGAAGAGCGGAAUUAUAUCCAUCGUGACCUGAGGGCCGCCAACAUCCUGGUAUCUGACACCCUGAGCUGCAAGAUCGCAGACUUUGGCCUAGCACGCCUCAUUGAGGACAACGAGUACACAGCCAGGGAGGGGGCCAAGUUUCCCAUUAAGUGGACAGCACCAGAAGCCAUUAACUAUGGGACAUUCACCAUCAAGUCGGACGUAUGGUCUUUUGGGAUUCUGCUGACGGAGAUUGUCACCCAUGGCCGCAUCCCUUACCCAGGGAUGACCAAUCCUGAGGUGAUUCAGAACCUGGAGCGAGGUUACCGCAUGGUGCGACCUGACAACUGUCCAGAUGAGCUGUACCAACUCAUGAUGCUGUGCUGGAAGGAGCGCCCAGAGGACCGGCCCACCUUUGACUACCUGCGCAGCGUGCUGGAGGACUUCUUCACAGCCACAGAGGGCCAGUACCAGCCCCAGCCCUGAGAGGCCUAGCUGGCUGGGGCCUGGAGCCCUCCCCCAUCUAGCCAACCCAGCUCUGGGAGAUAACGGUUCUUGUGUCAUACCCAUGUGGCCUAUGAACGUACGGACUCUGCACCACGUGAAUCCCGCCCAUGCAUGACACACACACUUCUCGUGUCUUAUACACGGGUUCUGUAGUUGUGUGGGCUCUGCACAUGUGUCUUGUACAUGUGUGGCCUGUGCAUAUAUGUCUUGGACACUUGUCCCUUUCUGGACCCUCCCACUUCCGGAGACCACCAGAGAGAGGAGCGAGGCCUGUGAUUGACACCAGCUUCUGCUCGCCCCCUUUUCCUUUCCCCUGGUCAUCAAGAAGCUCCUUGAGGGCCAGGACUUUAUCUAAUACCUCUAUGUGCUCCUCCUUGGUGCCUGGCACACAUCAGGAGCUCAAUAAAUGUCUGUUUGUUGAUGAA